AUGGCAACCGUGGCCAGGUCCCCGUCGCCGGCCGCGGCCAGGCCCUGCCCCGCCAUGCGGCGGAGCGCCGACUCCAACCCCUUCAAGCCCGCCGAUUGCCCCUCGCAGAGGAGCUCCAGCUCCAAGGGCGGCGGCGGCGGCUGCGGGUGCCACCACGCCUCCUCGCCCUCGCCGCGGCGGAGGUCGCUCUCCUCCUCCUUCGGGGAGAAGGAGAACGAGCCGCGGGACCACGCGGCUCGGACCCCCAAGCCCGCGGCGCGCUCUGGCGGCCCCAAGAACUUCAUGGCGCCCACCAUCUCCGCCGCCUCCAAGGCCGCCUCGCCCAGGAACAGCACCAGCAAGGUGCUCGGGGAGCGCAACCACGACACGCCCCACCUCGCGCCCUUCUCCCCCGCCAACCUCGCGCACAAGCCCAAGCCCGACCCGCGCCGCCUCCGCCUCUCCUUCGACGCCCCUCCCGCUCCCGCCGGAGACGACGACGGCGCGGGGGUGGAGGAUCCCGUGCGCGCGGAGCGCAGUCUGCGGCACUCGUUCGAGGCACCUCCCGCGCCCGCCGCAUGGCACGGCCCGCUCGCUGGAGACGACGACGACGACGCGGGGAUGGAGGAUCCCGUUGGCGUGCGCGUGGGCGUGGGCCACCAGCUCGCGGCGGCCGAUCCGGUGGACGCGGAGCCGUCCCGGGCGGCCCUGUACGACCCCAAGACCAACUACACUUCGCCGCGGCCGCGGUUCCUCCACUACAAGCCCAACCCGCGCGUCGACAUCUACGGGCACAGCCGCGCUGGCGUCAGGCGCCUCGAGGACGGCUUCGCCUCCGCCUCCGCCUCCGCCUCCGAGAGCAGCGACGAAACCGACGCCACUGCCACCACGGAGGACGACCUCACGGAGGAGGAGCAAGAGCAAGCACAGCAGAAUCACCUGCCAGGGGAGCAGCCAGCUCUCGCCGCUCCAUCUGAGGCCGCCGAGGCUCGCGUCCUGGCGCCAGAGCCCGCGCCGGGUUCGCCGCCGCCUCCUCUGCUGCUGUCAUCAUCGGCUCCAGCUGCGGUGACUCCCGAGCCGGCUCGCGUCUCUGCACCGGAGCCGAGGGCGACUCCUCCGCGAGCUCGUGCACUGACGCCGGAGCCGAAGCCUGGGAUGCGAGCUCCAGCGAAGAAGAGGUCCUCGUUGAGGUUCCUGCUUCCCGUCGCUUUCGUUCUGUUCAUGUCUGCUGCUUCCGUGUGCGUGCUGCUGCAACCAGAUUCUCCGAUCAUGUCAAACACCGCCUUGUCGAGGGCGGCGUCCAGCUUUCUUUCAGUUCAAGAAUCACACCCUGUGGAGUUGGCUGCUUGGCUCAAGCAAUGGUCAAGCAGUUCCUUGGAUUCGAUCACGUCUUACUGGGAGGCCUUGGCCUCCACAUCCACACAAGAGCAGGAGUACUUUGGUCCGCACUUCGCAGCCAACUGGAGUGCUGCAGCUGCCGAUGCUGACAACCAUGGCGCUGCCGCCGAUUUCUACUACAGCUUCGCCGAGGCAUGGCCAGUGCCACCAAGUGAAGAGCCUAUUAGCAGCGCCAACGCCCUGACUGCAGAGCCGGAAGGUGAUGUUGUGGUGGAAGAAGAAGAAUCAGUUGAUGAUGCUGGAGUGGGAGAGAAAUCUGAUGCAUCAGACUACUACGACAUGGUGGUAGAUGAGCUUGAUGUGGGAAUGUCAGAAGAAGCUCCAGGUAGCAGCUAUGAUGUCCUGGAGGAGCAGUUGAAGAUCCAGGAUGCAGUUUCUGAAGCAAGCAGUGCUAACUUGAUUGCAGAAUCAGAGGGUGUUGCUGCAGUGGUAGAAGAAGAAUCUGAUGCAUCAGACUACUCCAAGCUUGAUGUUGGAGCAUCAGAAGCAACUCCAGGUAGCAGCAACGGCGAAGAGAUCAGUCAGGAUUUGGACACCCCGUCUGAACCUGCUGAGCUGCGCGAACAGGAUGUUGAGAGUGAAGAGCCCGACGAGAACCACGGCAGUGGCAAGGAGGAGGGCCAGGAGCCGCAUCUUGGUCUUGAGUCGGACUCCAACCUGUCGCCAAGCUACUUGGACAGAAUCUCAAAGCCCGCCGCAGCAGCAGGUGUUGCCAUUGUCGUGGUCAUUCUUUCAGCAGGCAUAGCCGCCCUCUCCAUGAGGAAGAAGCAAGCUCAGGUUGCCACAAGUGCCAAUGCACCGGAUGAGCAGGAGCAGGCCGAGGAAGCUGAGACUCGAUCUGGUUCAGCGAGCAGUGAGGGCCAUCGUCUUGCCAAAGGUUCAGUGGCAGAAGAAACCGAGCGAUUCGGUGACUCUGGCUUCUCUCAGUACAGCAGCAGCUUGUCGUCUGGCCAUGGCCAAGGCAGGGGGAAGGCCAAGGAGGAGGAAGAGAACGUCGGCCUCGAGCCCGCGUCCAAGAGGGAGUCCAUGUCAUACUCCACUUCAUCCUAUGGCAGCUUCACGACCUACGAGAAGAUCGCUGCCAAGAAAAGGAACAAGGAUGAUGAGGCGAUGACACCGGUCCGACGCUCCAGCAGGCUGCGGAGUGUCAAGUCACCCGAGGCCGAGUCUAGUUAG